AUGCUUGAUACCAUAACCACUAAGUGUCGAGCUUACUUGCUUAUUGACAAACGGGGUGCCAUUGUCAGUGACAAUCUUGUAUGGGAUCCCAAAUCUGCAUACAAUAUUUUCACGGAUGAAAUUGGCAACGGCAGCUCCCGUGGCCUUCCGCAAGGGAACCGCUUCUACCCACUUUGUAAAAUAUUCGGUGGCCGUGAUGAUCCAUAUGUAGCUGUCGGAUGGUGGAUGAAUAGUCCCGAUCAAAUCAAGCCCCCAAGUAUGGAAGGGCCAAGGGGUGCGCAUGUCUUGCAGCAGCGUGGGAGGCUUAUGGCUUAA